UUCACUCCCUUCAACAAAGUCCGCAUUACAUAGCCCAGGCUCCCUCAAGCGGCACCAGCACAGGAAACCCAUUCUUUCAGGCUGCUCGUCAUCAAUUUGUGUCGCAAAAAGGUGAUCCCUUUUUUCAACGAAGUACUAAAAGAAACAAAAACAACAAAACCAUCACAGUGAUAAAAUGGUACAAAUGCGACACAUUGGUUUUCCGGAGUAUAGUUGUAUGGUUCUAGCAGAUCUGUAGGUACUCUUUGCUGCUUGACAUGGCGGCCGGUCUGGAUCAUCUACUUUGCAACUUUAGAAAAUGCAGAAAACGAUUGAGUAGCCACGCCUGGGUCACAUCCUGUUCUCACAUCUUUUGUGAUGAGGAUGGAACAAGGGAAUUCCAGAAGAAAUUUACAUGCCCAGCAUGUGACACAAAUCUGUCUGGAAAACUGGAUGUGAUACGUGUUGACCUUCAGCCAGUAGAACAGUACAAAUCAAUGGUUCUCGCUGGUCAGCGGCCUGAGGUUAUCAUGGAGGUAUCCUCACGAGCUUUGGCUUUCUGGACAUAUCAGACACACCAGGAGCGCACUUACCAGGAAUAUGUCGCAACCAAAUCAAAGGAGAAAAUCACACAAAUGGAGCAGUACUACGAACAAGUUAUCGCGAAAACCAACUCAGAAAUCUCGUUACUGAAAAAUCAAAUAUCAGACAAAAUCAAAGAGCUUGAAGACCUAAAGAAAAGACAUAACGAGGUGUUGGAAAAACUGAUGGAUAAAAGUCGGCAAUAUUUGAAGUUACAGGGCAUGUACGAUACUCUAAGAAGGAAAACCAUCACCCCACGCAUGCUGGGGGAUAGUGAGGAGGCGGACGGGAGAUACGACCGGCGCGCUCAGAUCAGGAGUGCUUUUGACUUUCCACUUGGAUCUGGCAUGGACUUGUUUCGUCGGUGCGACAGUGUGUCUAACCUAGCCAUGCGACGAGAUGAAAUUCAACCGCCUGAACGAGAAUUCACCCUUGAGCCACAAAGGCCACAACCGCUGUCCACUCCCUCACGAUCAGCGGAAAACCUUCAAAGCCGCUUCAUCAUAGACUUCGCUGGUACUCCACACUGUGAUGUCAAUAAACUCAUCGCUGACACAAAACGCCAGUGACCACAGGCUCACGUAGUCACAUUUUGGUAUCUUUUUAAUGUUAAGCUUUUAAAUGCAACAUUUAAUAAAUAUAUAUUUCAUGCACGA